UUGACAAUUGUCAAAUUGUCAAUUGCAAAAAGGUAAACAAACAAGAUAACUCGUUUUUUAAAAUAAUUUUACUAAAAUAUUUAUCAGAAUGGAGAGCACAUGAGGUUGAAAAUGUCUAAUAAUAAAAAAUAUAGAUGUGUUAAUUGUGGAGAGCCAUGCUCCGCUUUGUACAAAACGUACGGGCCGACAGUAUUGAAACUUACCAAAUGUAUUAGCUGUAAAGGCAUAGUUGAUAAGUACAUAGAAUAUGAUCCUGUGAUAGUCAUGAUAGACCUGGUGCUGAUGUCCAGAGAAGCUCAGAGGCAUAUCCUGUACAACACUGAAUUUAAGGCAUUCUGGAAACUUUUCAUUAUCUUGAUGAUGUUGGAGACAUAUGCAGUGUGGCGCAGUGACUGCCUCUUCUCAAUAACUGUCAAUACAUUAUGUGAUGUUGGAAAUAAUUACACAAUUAAUGCCACUAGUAUAGACAUACCAAUAAGCAUAUCACUGCCGGAGACAUGGCGCCAUAACUGCAAGGGUUGGCUGCAGGACAGCCGAGCUGAUGAAACUGACCUCUUUAUAUGGGAAAAAGACUUCUAUGUGCAGUUCAUAUCUACAUUCUCUGGUAUUGUAAUUUUCAUCAGUACAGUUCAUAUACUUAUGAAAUCUAUUCAGCUGUUUGCUACAAAACGUGAAGUGUCGUGCGAGCUGUUGCUGAAGGCGUUCUCACUGGGCAACAUGAGCGUGGUGUUCCUGCUGCCGGCGCUGGUGUGGAGCAGCCCCGGGCCCGCACGCGCCGGCCUCGCGCACUACGCCCUCGUCUUCCUCUACACGCUCGUUGUCUUCUAUAAUGUAUUCACUGUAGUGUACGAGAGAGCAGCAGCAGUGACAGUGUCAGUGAUGGUGGUCAGUCACUGCACCAAGUAUCUCACCACAUUCCUCGCUACACCCUUGCUCAGGGGCCUCGUGCCUUAAACAAUUAUACAACAAAUGUAUCACAGAGUAUUUAUUUAAAAAUAUAUCUCAUUUUACAAUAAUUGUUUUGAUGAUUAUAUAAUAUUUUUGCUAUUCACUAAUAUAUAAUAAUGUCAAAGUUAUUCAG